AUGGGUCAUCACGAAACUCCACCACUUACUAUUAGACCAGAUGGAACUAGAGUAAUGAUUGCAACAUCAGAAGAAUUGGAAGCAAAUGCAAUUCCUUUAAACUUUAGAGAUUAUUGUGCUCAUUUAUUGAUACCAUUAAACAAUUGUAGAGUAAAGGAAAGUUAUGCACCUUGGAAAUGUUCUGAUGAAAGACAUGCAUAUGAAAAGUGUCAAUAUGAUGAAUAUUUAUUACGUAUGAAACAAAAGAGAGAACAAGAUUUAUUUAGUAAACAAUCACAAAAAGAUAAACAACCACAACAACCAUAUUCAACUGAGAAUUAUUAA